AUGGGCAAGAAGAGAGAAAGAGAUGAGGCCAAGCCGGCCGAGGAUGUGAAGAUGGCCGAUGACAGCUCUGACGACGAGGACUUUGAUGUCGUCAACGUCGACUUUGAGUGGUUCAACUUUGAUCCCGAGAUCGACUUUCAGGGCACCAAGACGCUUCUGCGCCAGCUGCUGGACGUCGACUCUACGCUCUUCAAUAUCUCAGGCCUCGCAGACCUCAUCCUGUCGCAGCCUACGAUCGGAUCGACCGUCAAGGUCGACGGCAAGGAGAACGAUGCUUACGCCCUCAUGACGGCGCUUAACAUUAAGGAGCACAGCCAGAAGCCUGAAAUGGCCGAACUCGUCAAGUACAUCAUUGACAAGGCCCAGACCAACAACGCCCUUGCCCCGGUUCCCCAGGUUAUCAACAGCGGCGCCCAGGUCGGCCUGGUCAUCUCUGAGAGGCUCAUCAACAUGCCCUCUGAGAUUGCGCCGCCCAUGUACCGCAUGCUGAUCGACGAGAUCGAGGCAGCCGUUGAGGACAAGGAGCCCUACGAGUUCUCGCACUACCUGAUCCUCUCCAAGACGUACCAGGAGAUUGAAUCGACGCUUACCGAGACGGAGAGGAAGGGCAAGAAGGCCAAGGCCGACACCGCCAUGUGGCACUUCCACCCCGAGGACGAGGUGUUUGUGAAGCACGCGACGGCCCACGGCUCGUUCCAGUUCACAAACGAGGAGAAGGCGGUGGCAGACAGCAAGCGUGCCUUCCAAGAGAUGGGUGUCAAGUCGCACGGUUACCUGAUCUUGAUUGAGGCCGGCAAGUGGGAGGGCGCGGUCAAGGCGGUAGAGCAGUACCUGAGCCCGCCUCAAUAG